AUGGCCAGCGGUCACCCCACAGACAGAUUCAGUUUGUUGUACCCUGCAGACAGCAGUCAGAACCUCAAGAGUAAAAGCAGACCGUCUUCCACCAUGAAUCCAGUGUACAGUCCCGUGCAACCUGGGACUCCAUAUGGAAAUCCCAAAAACAUGGCAUACACAGGUUACCCUGGAGGCUAUCCCACCACAGCCCCUACAUACACACCAAACCUCUACCAGACAGGGAGCCCCGGAUACCCUCCAGUGCUGCUGGUGAAGCAGGGCUGGCCCCAGACCCCGUCGGCCCCGGGGCCCGCUGAGGGGCCUUAUGAGCUGGCUGUGGACGCAGGCUCAGAGAGCAGGCAGUACCAGACCUCGUCUGCUACAUUCAGAUAUACUGCAGGAACUCCAUACAAAGUGCCCCCCACCCAGACCAAUGGAGCUCCCCCACCUUACUCACCAUCCCCUAAUCCCUACCCAGGUGCCAUGUACCCUAUUCGAAGUGCCUACCCCCAGCAGAACCUCUAUGCUCAGGGAGCUUACUACACACAGCCAGUGUAUGCUGCCCAGCCUCAUGUGAUUCAUCACACUACAGUGGUACAACCGAACAGUAUUCCCCCCGCUAUUUACCCGGCCCCUGUCCCCGCGCCACGCCCUAACGGAGUCGCCAUGGGAAUGGUGGCUGGCACUACCAUGGCCAUGUCAGCUGGGACCUUGCUGACCACCCCUCAGCACACACCGAUCGGAGCACAUCCCGUAACCGUGCCAACGUACAGGCCCCAAGGAACACCUGGGUACAGCUAUGUGCCACCUCACUGGUAGAGCUUACCUGCCAAGUCAUAUCUGGAGUCAAACAUUGUAUGCAACUACUCGAGUCUUACAUGGCGCUCUGUGGUUUCCAUGGAGAUGCCAUGUCUGUCAGCAAG